AUGAAUAGCUUGGCCGAUGCUGCGAUUCAGGCUUCCGCGGCGGCGGCAGCAGCGGCAGCGCCAGAAGAAACGGCAGGUACACUUCCUUUAUCUACUAGUUCGGCUCUCGCAUUGUCCGACGCUUCUGGCCGUCCCGAAAGCAGCUCGAGUCUCUUGGAUCGACCCUCUUCCUCUCACGCUUCGUACAGGCGCUCGGAUCCAACCGUCGAACAUAGCCAAUUUGAUGCAUCCACUUCGCCCGCCUCUGAGCCAGGCUCUCCUUACAAUAUGAUCAAAGGCAACGCCGAUACCCCGCUGCGUCGUGCACUACUCGAUACCGAAAAACCCGAGAAGCGCGGCUCCAACCUUGCUUGCCUCAAGUGCCGUGCGAUCAAAGUCAAAUGCUCGCGUGCCAGUGCCGAGGACGAGCGCUGCAAACGUUGCAACCGUCUCGACCUCGUUUGCGAGUUUAAAGAGCACCAUCGAGGCAGAAAACCGAAAAAGAGGCCAAGGAGUGAAGCCGAAAGCACCGGUGCAGACGAGGAAGAUCAGCUCGAGGAUGACCAAGCCAACCCCAAUGCCAACCCCAACGCCGACGCCAAUGCUGACGCCGAUGCGACGUUGUCAUCAAAGACGUCAACCGCUUCUCCAGUUCGUUCCAAGCGCCAGGAACUCUCUCGUUCUCCUCUGCCUUCAGCAUCAACGAGCAGGCAGCAGCAUUAUCGCACGUCGUCGUCAUCGUCAUACACAAAAGCAGAGAAUGCUCGUUUUGACAUCAACGAGCCUCCACCACGGCUUCCGAGUCCAAAAGGCUCGGUACACGGAAGAUGGUUUGGGCCGUAUCUGCAACCUAUACCGUCGUUCGAAGAUUCUCUGUUCGCGCGCAAGCAGCGUCCGCAUUCUUCUGCGCAUCACUUGCAACAGCAUCACAACGAUCCGUCUAAUCCAAACCAACCGCAUCAGCACCUCGCCCAUCACCACCAUUCCUAUCACAUCGAUCGUAGCUGUGAGCUGCCUCCGCUAUCGAUACCAUCCUCGUCGUCUAGCAAUCGCCCCGGCCUCAGUCCUAAUGAUCAGGGUAGCUGGGAUCGCACCUCAACCUGGAAUGCUACAAAUCGGAACAGCGUCCACCGUCUCUCAUCAAGUGUGUCGACAGGAUCCACCACGCUCGAUCUGUCUGACGAUGCUGUGCGACAGCAUGUCAUCACCAUGGAUCAGGCACGUGAGCUAUUUGACAACUUUUUCGCAGAGCUCAAUCCUCCACUGGCACUACUAGACACGUCUCUGCACACGAUCGACUAUUGUCGCAAGAACACGCCGAUUCUCUUUUCGACCAUCAUCUCGGUGGCUUCGCGCUUCUUUAUGCCCCACCAUCACCGUCAGUGUCAUCGCGUCGCCAAGUCGAUUCUGAACCACGCUGCUGCCGAAGAAAUCUGCACGCUCGACCAUGUACAGGCGCUCAUCCUCGUUAUCACUUGGAAGGAUCCGGGAGACCGUACUAUCCUGCGCAAGGCGGUUCGGGCGAUCGGAUAUGCAUAUGAGCUCGGUCUGCACGCGACGUUUGACGAUUUCGAUAUCGCUGAGCCUUUGAGCUCGAGCUCGAGCACAAGCACAAGCAAGACUAAGGCCGAAGGCAAGCGCGACCCAUCCGACAACUACUCGCUGCAACAUCGCCGACGUCAGCAACGCGAUCGUCAGCGUACCUGGAUUGUGCUCUGUCUGAUUCAUGAGCUGGUACGUCGAGACGAUCGCAAUCCCAGGCCGCGUGCACGCGUGAUCCCGCUGGAAGACUAUCCGGAUCCGUACCCGUGGCUCAAGCAGGCAGGUGAUGUGUUUCAGCCCGUCGACUCUCGACUGGGCUGGUCACUGGGGAUGGCGAUCCUGACGCUCGAAAACGAGCCGUUUCUGGAUCUGAUCGAGCGAUCGCAGGACGCCACCUCGUUCGCUACAUUCUUUGAGCGCUAUCGCGGCGGCCUGGACAAGCUGCGCAAGCUCUACUUUGACGUGCGCGACGGCGUCUACCAUCCGCGCUUCGCUAUGGACAAAUCAGCGGUAGCAGAAUUGCCAUACCUGGAUGCAUUUCGUGACUACUACAUCUGCCAGUCGACGUGGCAUUGGGCCGCCAAGGUGGCUUCUCGUCAUCGUCGUCAACAUCAGAGCAGCGAGCUGGCCGAACAGCAGGACAACGCGCGAUCCGCGUUCUGGUUCUCACAGACAGUCGACGCCGCGAUGAGGUGUCUGCGUCUGUUUGCUCACGUUCUGUGCAAGGACGGAUACGUGCGUGUGGGACACGACUAUCUGGUCAUCUCAGCUAGCGAGGUUACAAAGUGGUUCUAUCUGUACCGUGAACAUUUGGAUGCAUCUACCGUGGUUGCCGGCGUCGAGUACCUGCGCGCUGCAUUGCGCGAAUGCUCGCAGCCGCAGCGACUGGCAUCGGGCGAGGUGGUGAAUACGGAGCGCGAAGCUCCCGGUUACUUUGUGCGCUUCUUGGGCGCCAUCUUUGACGCUGGCUUGAACGAGAGUUUGGACAAGGCAAACCAGAGGUUGUCGGCUAGUGUAGAAAGGUUUGGGACCAAGGGGUUCGCCUGGAACGAGCCAAGGCGUGAGCGUCCAGUCGAGGAGCGUGCGGGCCCAAGAAGGGAGGCCGAGGCUGGUCGCAGUGGCAUAAGUAGUAAUACCGGGAGCGACGGCAAUGGCAGCAGCGCAGCAACUCGUCGACCACAAUGGAGCGCCACCCACUCGUCGUACCAACAGCAACAAGCGUCGGGAGUGGUCACACCAGUAGAGCGUUCGAACUCUGCGAUGGCCGCUGGAGCGAGCGCGUCGUACAGAGAUCCAACGUCUGCAGCGUCUGCAUCGGCUCGAUUCGGUUCAGCGGCGUUGUUGGCUCGGGGGCGCUCCGAGGUCGAGUUGAGCCGGACGAAUGUCGCGCCUGUUUCUGGCGGUAGCAAGUCGUACGAGCGUGGAGGCGGUGUAGCGGACAAAGUGCAGAGUUCGGCCAACAUGUUUGGCGUGCAACAUGACAAUGGUACGGGCAAUGCAGGAGCGGUGAACGCGACCAACUCGAUCGCACCUCACCCGGCGUACCUCGCUUCAGCCGUUGGCGCGAGCAGCGUUGGUCAGGUGGCUGCUAACUUUGGUGUGCAGACGGGUGGCAGUGCGGCUUGGUGUUCGGCAAACGCUCCUUCUUGGAGCAGUGCGGCUGGCAGUGCACUACCGACCAACAGCGUAGACGAGUUCCAUCUCGCGUUUGGCGACGCGCCACUGACAACGCCAGCUGCAAACACGCCUACACCGGCGGCCACAGCGAUCAACGUCACGCCGCUCGCUGCGGAUAUAGGCAAGAACUCGAUCGAGGGCCUCGCAGCUUGCCUCAACGCUCGCGACCUCACCUACUGGCAGGACAUCUUGGGCUUCGACCUCGCCAGUCCUGCUGUGUAG